GAGCAGUUUCCGAGAAAAGGGCGUCCUCCUUUUUUUCUUCUUCAGUUUGUCUCUCCGGAGCAGGAAGGGGCGGUCUCUGCGCCACACCACAGCCGGAAUUAGCCCGCGUUCGCUCGGCUCCGCUCGGUUCGCCUCCAGCCGACUCAGAACCGGAGCAGAGGGCGAGAGGAAGAGGAGAAAGAGCCAGGGUCGGGACGUUUAACGGCGGGAGAACAAGCUGGAGUUUACAGAGGCGGCGGAGAGGAAAGGAGAGCAGGAAUAAAGGAGGAGAAGAAGAGGAGGAGAAGAUGCCUCUGGCUCAGCUGGCAGAUCCCUGGCAGAAGAUGCCGGUGGGGGGGACGGCUGGAGAGGAUGCACACCCCGAUCCCGAGGACACGGCGGGAGACGACGACUCCAUGCCCGCCUGCACUGAUGACGUUCCCAUCAAAGAGAUCAGCAUCACUCAUCAUGUGAAGGAGGGCUCUGAGAAGGCCGACCCGCGGCAGUUUGAGCUCCGGAAAGUCCUGGGUCAGGGUUCCUUUGGGAAGGUGUUUUUGGUGAGGAAGGUCACAGGACCGGACGCAGGUCAGCUUUAUGCCAUGAAGGUCCUGAAGAAAGCCACGCUGAAAGUUCGUGACCGGGUCAGAACGAAGAUGGAGAGGGACAUCCUGGUGGAGGUCAACCACCCCUUCAUCGUCAAGCUGCAUUAUGCGUUUCAGACAGAAGGGAAGCUGUACCUCAUCCUGGAUUUCCUCAGAGGAGGAGACCUCUUCACUCGCCUCUCCAAGGAGGUGAUGUUCACAGAGGAAGAUGUGAAGUUCUACCUAGCAGAGCUCGCUCUGGCCCUGGAUCACCUUCACGGCCUCGGCAUUAUUUACAGAGACCUGAAGCCUGAGAACAUCCUGCUGGAUGAAGCCGGACACAUCAAGCUGACAGACUUCGGCCUCAGCAAAGAGUCGAUAGACCACGAGAACAAAGCCUACUCCUUCUGUGGGACGGUGGAGUACAUGGCCCCUGAGGUGGUGAACCGGCGGGGACACACGCACAGCGCCGACUGGUGGUCGUACGGCGUUCUCAUGUUUGAGAUGCUGACGGGAACGCUGCCUUUCCAAGGCAAAGACCGGAAGGAGACGAUGACGAUGAUCCUCAAAGCUAAGCUGGGAAUGCCACAGUUCCUCAGCUCGGAAGCUCAGAGUCUCCUCAGGAACCUGUUCAAACGCAACCCUGCGAACAGACUGGGCGCAGGACCAGACGGUGUGGAGGAGAUCAAGAGGCAUUCGUUCUUCGCCAGAAUCGACUGGAAUAAACUGUUCCGAAGAGAGAUAGCACCUCCUUUCAAACCAGCUGCAGGACGACCUGACGACACUUUCUAUUUUGAUCCCGAGUUCACAGCUAAAACACCCCGAGACUCGCCAGGCGUCCCUCCCAGCGCCAACGCCCAUCAGCUCUUCAGAGGGUUCAGCUUUGUGGCCAUAACAGAGGAAGAGACGCAGCCGCUGCCUAAUACUAUGGUUCAGCAGCUUCACAGAAGUACAUCCCAGUACUCGGACACCUACGACAUUAAAGAGGACAUUGGCGUGGGCUCCUACUCCAUCUGCAAGCGCUGCAUCAACAAAGUGACGGGCAUGGAGUACGCUGUGAAGAUCAUCAACAAGGCCAAGAGAGACCCUACAGAGGAGGUGGAGAUCCUACUGAGAUAUGGUCAGCAUCCUAACAUCAUCACCCUGAAGGACGUGUAUGACGACGGCCGCUCGGUGUUCCUGGUGACGGAGCUGAUGAAAGGAGGCGAGCUUCUGGACAAGAUCCUCCGGCAGAAGUUUUUCUCCGAGCGAGAGGCCAGCGCCGUGCUCUACACCAUCACCAAGACCGUGGAGUAUCUGCAUGUGAACGGGGUGGUGCACAGGGACUUGAAGCCCAGCAACAUCCUGUACGUCGACGAGAGCGGGAACGCCGAGUCCAUCCGGAUCUGCGACUUUGGUUUUGCCAAACAGCUGAGAGCAGAAAACGGCCUCCUCAUGACGCCGUGUUAUACCGCCAACUUCGUUGCUCCAGAGGUUCUGAAGAAGCAGGGUUAUGAUGCAGCCUGUGACAUCUGGAGUCUGGGAGUCUUACUCUACACAAUGCUAACAGGUUUUACUCCUUUUGCUAAUGGUCCGGAGGACACACCAGAGGAGAUCCUUGCUCGUAUCGGCAGUGGGAAGUUCUCGCUCACUGGAGGAUACUGGAACUCUGUUUCUGCUGAAGCAAAGGAUCUUGUGUCUAAGAUGCUGCAUGUAGAUCCCCAUCAGAGACUGACUGCAGCUCAGGUCCUCAGACAUCCCUGGGUGAUGCACAGAGACCAGCUACCUAAAUACACCCUGAACAGACAGGACGCGCCGCACCUCGUCAAGGGUGCGAUGGCAGCCACCUACUCAGCCCUGAACAGGAACGUCCCGCCGGUUCUGGAGCCGGUGGGCUGCUCCACUCUGGCCCAGCGGAGGGGGAUGAAGAAGAUCGCCUCCACUGCUCUUUGACUUUCUCCUCUUCCACCUCCUUCCAACUCUGACCUCGAUCUGAUCGUCACCGGACCUCCCCCCGCCUCUCCAGUCCACUCCGGUCCGGUUCGGUUGGACAGACUACUGAUAGACCUGAGAGCCGCUAACGCCAAAUAGAAGCACACCCCCCUCACCGCCCUGCCCCACACCUUAACGGGGUUUCCUCAUCAGCUCCCUCCUGCUGUCUUCCCGUCUAGUCUCAGCUUUAACGUCACCAAGCGACAGCCGGGCCGAGCUGCAGCUGAAACCCGCCCACCCAGUUCCUGCUGCGAAGUUCUCCUGCAGCAUUUCUGCUUAGGACAAUCAGCGCUUCCUCGCCACACAGAGGCCGUGUCAGGAAAAUGAAAGUAUUUAUUAUCCUCAGAUGGGGAAAUCAUAGGAACAAAGUAAUGUAAGGUAUGCAUUUAAAGAGCUAGGAUCAUUGUUAUCUGUGUAGUUGUAGAAUCUGCAUUUAAACCUCAAGUAGCCUCUGAGACGACGAGACGGACACGGUUCCGGAUCCAGCUCAGGACGCGGCUGCUUGUACUUAAAAGGGAAAGAAAAAAAAGCUCAUUAGAGCCAGAACGUUUAAUGAGGAAAACACUUUUUUUUUCACCACUUUUUCAUCAUUUAGCAGAAACGGAGCAAAGAGUUUCAUUCACCAAUCAAAGCCUUUUGUUUCUAACAUUUAUCCUAAAAUCAACUCUGGGAAAAACUCAGUAAAAGUUUGAAUCCAUGGAACCCACUAAAGAGUGAACCAGAAGGUUUAUCCUUUAUAAUUACACAUUGCUGCCCCCUAGUGAACGCAAAUGGUAUAACAACCUUUUUUUUUUUUCCUUUUUAGAUUUUCUUUUUCUUUUUUUUUUUUGGUCCAUUUUUGAAAAAGCUUGAACCCAUAUUUGUGACCUGAUGUCAUGAGCAUGACUCUUUCCUGUCUAGGCUGGCCAGCAGAGGCUGGAAUUAAAUGUAUGCAAAUUAGGGAGAUAUUCAGUCAGCGGUGCUCAGUUUUUCCAUUAAACUUUUGAGAACAAAAAAGUUUCAGGUAGUGAUUUUGAAAAAAAAAAAA